CCGCCCGAUUCGUGCCCUAAAACCCCGUCUUCCAGACUGAAGAGGCUUUUGCGCUCUAUCGCUUCGACAUAGCCCUAGCUUCUCUGUUCUUACUCUCUCAACGAUGAAGCUUGUCAGAUUUUUGAUGAAAUUGAACAAUGAGACGGUCUCGAUUGAGCUCAAGAACGGAACCGUUGUUCACGGAACCAUUACAGGUGUUGAUGUCAGCAUGAACACACACUUGAAGACAGUAAAGCUUACUCCAAAAGGCAAAAAUCCUGUGACUAUGGAUCACCUGAGUGUAAGGGGCAACAACAUUCGCUAUUACAUCCUCCCCGAUAGCUUAAAUCUCGAGACUUUGCUAGUGGAAGAAACUCCUAGAGUGAAGCCUAAGAAGCCAACUGCUGGAAGGGCAAUGGGCCGGGGUCGGGGCCGUGGACGCGGGCGUGGCCGUGGGCGAGGCCGGUAAAGGCCUUUAAGUCAUUCCCCAUUUUGUGACAACAUCUGUUUAUGUAGACGCAUGUAUUCAUGAUGGAGAGUCUAUCUCGUUAUGUAGUUUAAUAGCAUGGAAUGGAUGCCAAUCUGUUACUACUUUGAGUGGAUUAUGAGAUUUUCUUUAGUAUAUCGCUUUGCUAAUUAG